AUGCUGAGCAUGGAAAGUUUCGCUGGGGCGAGAGCCCUGGGCGAGGAGUCCCUGCAGAUGUGGGACCUCAACAAGCGGCUGGAGGCCUACCUGGCCCGCGUCAAGUUCCUGGAGGAGGAGAACGAGGUGCUGCGAGCCGAAAUCCAGAGCGCCAAGGGCAGCCCCGCCGGCGACUCGUGGCGGGCCAAGUACGAGGAGGAGCUGCGAGCCCUGCGGGACGCGCUGGAUCACGCCUUCAGGGAGAAGUGCACGGCUGAGCUGGCCAGGGACAACCUCUACGAGGAGGUCCAGCAGGUGAAAAGCAGGUGCCAGAAGGAGCAGGCGGCCCGAGAAGAAGCCAAGAAGCAGCUCUCCUUGAGCAGGAAGGAGCUGGAGGAGGAGAGGAGGGCGCAGAUCUGGCUGAAGGAGAGAGCCGUGCAGCUGGAGAAGGAGGUGGAAGCCUUGCUGGAGGUGCACGAGGAGGAGAAAGCGGGGCUGGACCAGGAGAUUGCGAGCUUCUCGCAGAGCCUGGAGAGCUUCCGAUGCGCUCCGGUGGCUUUCCAGCCGGUGGAGGUGGAGGACUACUCCAAGAGGCUCUCGGAGAUCUGGAAAGGGGCGGUGGAGACCUACAAGACGGAGGUGUCGCAGCUGGAAGGUUCCCUCUGCCAGGCCAAGGAGAACCUCUGGAAGGCGGUGGAGGACAACCAGCAGAGCCAGCUGCAGCUCCAGCACCUGGAGAAGGACCUGGUGGGGCUCAAAGCGCGGAAGGAGAUGCUGGAGGAGAACCUGGCCCGGCAGUGGCAGGAGCAGCGCGGGGAGGCGGAGAAGUUCCAGCUGGCGAUGGAGGCGCUGGAGCAGGAGAAGCAGAGCCUGCGGGGACAGAUCGCCCAGGUGCUGGAGGACCGGCAGCAGCUCAUGCACCUCAAGAUGUCCCUCAGCCUGGAAGUGGCCACCUACAGGACGCUGCUGGAAGCGGAGAGCACCCGCUUGCAGAUGCCAGCCGGGGAAUACAAACUGGCCAACGGCUUGCGAGAUCUCAAGCUGGAGGUGAGCGGGGGCAGCAAGUUGGCGGCGGCGAGCGCCGAGGCCAGGCGGCUGCUGCCCCGGGACCACCGCACCAGCCCCUCCGUCUUCCCCCGGGCGGAGGGGAGGGGGCAGCCGGCAAAAACCAGAAGCGACGCUCUGACACCCAAAAUCCAGAGCCCCAGGGAGCUCCAGAAAAUCGGCUCCGUCCUCCAUGCCACGGCACCGCAAGCCAAGGAGCCGGGUGCCCCCGGCCGCCCCACGCCGAGCCCCUCGCAGCCCGGCAAAGCCCCUUCUCUCUCCCUGGACCCCCCCAGCCCCGUGCCACCGGAGCCGGGGAGCCCGGGGGGAGAGGGUCCUGCCUGGCCAGGGGGAGACGGGGGUGAGAUGAGCCAAGGGAAGGAGCAUCCUGUGCCCAGAGCCGCGGCGGAGACCCGCGAUGCUGGCGCCGAGCCCCCAGGAGCGGUGCCCACCCGCAGCCUGCGGUACCCAGCCCGGCUGGUCAGCGAGGCGCUGGAGGAUGCUCUCAAGGAAAUGAAUGACGAUGCUCAGCCCAAAGAAGAGCCCCCGCUCGGCGCCGCGUGGGCCCCCCCAGAUGCCCGUCCCCCCAGCCCCGUCCCCCCCAUAGAGGCUCGCGGAGGGGCCGGGGAAGGGCAAGACCCCUCGGAGGGUGGCGGGGAUGGCGAAGCCCCCGAAGAGGAGGAGAGGGCUGGGGAAGGCGUGCUCCAGGGGCUGGGUGCGGGAUCGCAUCCCUGCGGCGCGGCGGCUUCCCCGAGCCCGGAAGAGCCGGGAGUGUGGGAGGAGGAGAUGCCGGCUGUGCUGAGCCCAGGGGGACCAGAAGUGGUGGCCCAGGAAGAGGACACCAGUGGCCCUGGCCAGACUGGGGCCAGCCAGGAAGAGCCAGAGGAUGAGGAGGAUGCCCCAAGCACGGAAGCAUCACACCCCUCGGAGGACGAGGAGGAGAGGGGACCCGACGAUGGCGAUUUCCAGGGCGAAGGGAUGGAUGCGGGAGAAGGGGAGUCCCCGCAGAGAGAAAUCGAAGCUGCUUUUGCUGUCCCCGUGGAAAGCCACCCGGGUUUGCCCAUGGAAAGUCACCCGGAAGAGGACUUCAUUGAUGGGGAGCAGGAAAAGUUUGAGCAGCGGGAAAUGCCCGUGUGUGAGAUGGACCUGGCUGCAGGGGAGGAAAGGCGGCAGGAGCCGUGCCCGGAGCAGGAGCCGUGCCUGGAGCAGGAGCCCUUGAGCAUCCAUGAGGCCACCCCAGCAGAAGAGGCUUCGUCGGGGGCUGUGGAAGAUGCCAUGGGAGGGGAGGACCCAGGCAGAGCAGAAGAAGGUGAGGGAGAAAAGGGAGAGGCCAGCGGGGAGGCGCUGGGAGGAGAAGACCCCGGGGCAGGAGAGGCUGCGGGACCAGAAGCCCUGGGGCAGGAGGAGCCCGAGGACCUGCAGGAAACCGGCUUUGGGGAAGAGACGCGGGAGGAGGAGCAGCCGGAGCCGGGAGAGGAGCGCUGGGGUGGGAGGGAUGAGGGCAGCAGCCAAAAGCCCCCUCCAGAGGAGUGGGAGGUGACAGCAGAGGACACGGAGGGGGCUCUGGGGACGGAAGAGCCAGCCUGGGCGGAUGACACCCCGAGAAGCGCAGGAGGGCUGGAAAGCGAAGAGAGAGACAGCAGCGUGUCGCCGGCAGAGCUGGAGGAAACCCGGGAAGAUGACGAAGAAGCUGCCGAGAGCCGAGGGACGAGCCAGCAGCAGCCACCGCCGGGCGCUGAGCCGGCCCCGGGGCUGGCAGGGGAUGAGCAGGAGGACACCGUGGGGCAGCCUGACCAGGCAGCACCCAUCCAUGUCCCCGGGCAAGGGGACAGCCAGGAGCCGGCCGAGGCUGCGGAGGAGCCAUGGGAGGUGCAGGAUGAGGAUGCCGAUGAGGAGCUCGACUUGGAGGCAGGCCAGCGGGAGAGCAGCAGCGGCACCGUCCCCGCCGCACCGCAGCAGGCGCCGGGUGACGGCACCGAGAGCGGUGAGCGGGAGGAGGAGGAGGAGGAGGAGGAGGAGGAUGGGCGAUGGGGAGAGCCAGAGCCAGCGCCGGGGACAGGCAGGAGGGUGGAGCUGGAGGACACGCUGCCGGACAGCACGCCAUUGCGCCUCUACGAUGGGGAGACGCUGGCUGCGGUCACACCCAGCCAAAACCCUCCGGAGACUGAGGAAACCACCGAGACAGGCCCCACAUCCCAAAUAACUCCAGAGGAUGAAGGGUGGCUGGAAGGGAAGGACAAGCCGCCAACUCCCACCGUGCCAGAGAGCUGCGAAGAGGAGGAAGGAACGGAGGUAGCCCCCGCGGCAGAGGGUGCCGAGGAGGAGGAAGGUUAUUUCAUGGUCUCUGCUCCCAACCAAGAGGUUUCCAGCUCGGAGGAAGCCGAGAUCUCCGAGGACUUUGAAGAAAUUAAAGUUGAAGCAACCGAAGCCGGCCAAGAUGAGCUGGAAGCUCCCGGAGAAGCAUCUCCGGUGCCAGAGGACGAAGGGCACUUCGAGGCGUUUGUUGGUGAAGUGGAUGAAGAUGCGAAGAUGCCCACAGAAGAAGCCGAGAUGCCAAAGGACGAGGAUGAGGAUGAUGCUGGGGGUUUUACCGCCGAGCUGGAGGAAGGCCCCGCUGUUCCCGAGGCGGAUCCCGUCUCCCCCGGGACCGCGGGGUCAUUAGCCGGAGGCUCCGGGCUGCGGGAGAGUUUGGCUGCUGAAUCGGACGAGGAGCUCGAUGGCGCGGUCGAGCUGGAGAGCGAUGGCGGCAGAGUCGAAACGCUCCCAGGGCCGGUGGGGCAGGAGGAGGAGGAAGAGGAGGAAGAGGAGGAAGAAGAGGAGGAGGAUCCCAGCACGGCUCACCAGGACGUGGCUGCGUCCAUCCCUCCGGCAGGGCUCCAAGCCCGGGUGAUGCCGGUUUCUCCGCUGCCCGACCAAGCGGCGCAGACGGCGGAUGAGCAGCCAGCUGUGGAGGAGGAAGCACCAGCCGGCGACAGUCCCCCCCCAGACAGGGAUGAGGAGCCCCCCGAGGCCGACCUGCCUCAGCCGGGCUCCGCGCCGGAGCAGGGAGUUUUUCCAGAGAUGAUUAAAGAAAGCCCAGAGGCGGCCGAUCCCUCCGCAAAGGUGCCGGCGGACGUCGUGAAAGACUCGGAUAUUUUGGAAAUAGUCGAGCAAGCCCUGGAGUUCAACCAGGAGCUGGUGAUGGGGGUGAAGGCGGCCGAGGGCGGGCAACGGGAUGCCAGCGGGUCCCAGCUCCCCGGGGAUGCCGAGGAAGAGUCUUCACCCGCCUCGUCCAGCGAGGAGGAGCCGACGGUGCAGGAGGCACCAGCAGAGGCGGCUCCGGGGCCGGAGGGUCUGGCUGGGGCCGCCAACGGGCUGUACCGGGAGGCCAGCCUGGAAGACCUGGCCGAAUUCACCGAGGAGGUGCCCAACGGCGUCGCCGGCGCGUGGCCGGCGCAGGAGGUCCCCGAUGAGAGCGCAGAGCCCAGCGGGGGCACGCAGCCGCGGCCCCCCGCCGAUGCCGCCGCCAAGCUGACCGAUGCCACCCCCUGCGGCAAACACGGCGGGGCCGACGCCAUCCCCGUGCCGUCCUCUUUGGGGGACGACGUCUUGCGCCUCACGCCCGACCAGCCGCCGGCGUGUCGGCUGAGAGCCGAGCAGGAGCCCUGGUCCUCGGGGGACGAGUGACGGCGGCGACGGGAGCGGGGAGGGGGGGGACACCCCUUCGGUAGCCCCUUCCCCUCCAAACCCCAGCCCCCUCCCUUCCCCCGCCUAACGCUCCCCCCGUCUCCUUAACGAUUUUUAACACCUUUUGCGUGGAUUUUGUGCACCCCUUUGGCAGAGUGAAGAACCACCGAGCUCACUUCCCCCACCCCCCCCCCAAUUCCCAAACCCCCCUCCCCUCCCCCCCCCCCCAAAAAAUUC